AUGGCUCAGCCCGGCCCCAAGCCCGCAGGUGGCUCGGCGCGGACCGGCACGGCCCCGAGUCCGCCGAUGGCUCAGCCCGGCCCCAAGUCCGCCGGUGGCUCGGCGCGGCCCGGCCCGGCCCCAAGCGCGCAGGUGGCUCAGCCCGGCCCCCGUUGCGCAGGUGGCUCAGCCCGGCGCGGCCGGGCCCGCUCUGGGGCCAUGGCGCUGUUGAACACCAACUUUCCCUGCUCUGCGCGGGGCGCCCUGAAGCUCACCCGCACGGUGAUGGCCUUGGUGGCGCUGGUGUGCUUCGUGGUCUCCCGGUCCCGCAGGGCGUUCACGGCGCUGGCCGCCAUGGAGGCGAUCAUCACCGCGCUCUUCUUCCUGCUCUACUUGCUCAAGCUCGAUAGAAAGCUGCGCUGGUUCUUCUGGCCGCUGGCCGAUAUGUUCAACUCGGUGAUUGCAGCGUUGUUCCUGCUCAUUGUGUGCCUGUUUGCAGUAAUCAUCAAGACCAACAAUGGGACACUGGCUGGAGGAGUGUUUGGGCUCAUUUUGUUUGUUCUCUGUAUUGUGGAUGCAGUUCUUCUUUUCAAGAAGAUUAGCUUUGGUAGAUCCAGAGGAAGGAAUGCUGCUGCAAAAUAAGAUUACCGUUUUACUAGCAGAACAGCUCCAGUGGUACCUGUUUGACUGUUCUCUUUCCAAGAGUUUGUAUUCCCAUGUGCUCAGUUUCAGUUUAGGUACAAGAAGGUUUUCUUAGGUUGACAAAUGUAGUUCCAGUGUUGCAGUUUCACCACUGUGAGCUUCACAGAAAGCUGUUUUUUUCUGGAUUCGGUUCUGUUUUCACCUCUAUGAACUGAUGUCCUAUUUGCCUUUUCUCUGUAAUAAAAUACAAAUAGGCCAAA